CAAAAGGGUCCAACCUUUGUCUUCUUUUCGCCCUCUUCCUCUUCACUGCCAAUCAUGACUUCUCCUUCUCCCUUCUCUCUUCUUCAUCAUCUAGGACUAUAACAUCAAUGGAAAAUCCACUCUAUUACUGUUAAUACAGUUAUUACUGUUUUUCUAUAUUCACUACUCCCCAAGCCAAGAUCAUUAUCACAUCUUUGUUCUUUCAAUUCCAACACCUCUCUUGCACAUCCCACCUCAAUUCUGGUGUUCUUUUUUUUUUUUUUUUUAAAAGAAGUUUUUAUAAUUAAGGAUAAUUUUUCUUGCCCCUCUCGAAUCCUCAUCACUCUUCUCCCAUGUUUUGUUUUUCUGUCUAAAUUAACAUAAUCUGUGUUGUCAUCCACUAUGGAUUCUCAGUAUAUUUCUUCUAAUUAUAGUGUUUUUCUUUUACGUUGUGGCUUAGUCGACUUUAGUAUCACUUAAUCCUCUCCAAUUUGAUCAUUCCCUUCUCUUUAUACUGGAAUCUUCCUUUCCUUUUACUUCAAUUCCAAUUUCGGAUUUUAACUACCAACUAGCUUCUCUUGUCUUUUUUUUUUUUUUCGCCUUUUUGCAUUAGGAAUUUCCAUUUUUCGUUUCCAUUUCAAAUUCAUGGCUCAUCAGUCGAUUCCGGGUCCUAGCUCGGGAUCGAGUUCAAGUUCAGGGUUUCAAUAUUUGAAUUCUCCUUUUGGAGAUACCACUUACACUAAGGUUUUCGUUGGGGGGCUUGCUUGGGAGACUCAGAGUGAGACCAUGGGCCGUUAUUUCGAGCAGUUUGGUGAAAUUCUCGAGGCCGUUGUCAUCACCGAUAAGAAUACUGGCCGAUCAAAAGGCUACGGUUUUGUGACUUUCCGGGAACCAGAGGCUGCUCAGAGAGCCUGUGCUGAUCCUGCCCCAAUUAUUGAUGGUAGACGUGCAAAUUGUAAUUUGGCUUCACUUGGGCGACCUCGACCACCAUUGCCACAUGGUACCCCAUAUAUUGCAAGUCUGCAAACGCCCCGGGGAACAUACGUUGGAAAUUUUGGGUGCCAUCAACCGCUUUCUUACAGCUACCAACAAGGAUUGAUGUAUCAUCCAUAUGGAUAUGCAGCAUAUGGACCUGAGUAUGUCUACCCCCAGCAUUACCUUCAGAUAUAUGGUGUACCUGGAACAGUCAACACGCCAAUCUAUCCUUAUGGACAGUUGGGUCAAACCCUUCCUGGAGGCCACAGUUACACUACAGUGCAUGGGUAUGCAAUGCCAGGUCAUCAUAUUGUGCAGUUUGGUGGUCCUAGUGUUAAUGCAGUAACAUCUUCACCUAUACCCAGUAUUCAAGCACCAUAUCCUACAGGCAUACGUGCACCUCUUCCAGCACAACCACCGUUUAUAGUUCCUGCUCCUUCUCCUCAGCACAUGCAGGGUAGCGGUUCUGACCAAAAAGCUGGGUGAGGGGCUGAUCAAGGUAUCCUUAAGAUUGCAGCAGGACUAAGAGCAGCGGAACUGCUACUUGAGUGGCGGGCUUCGAAUCUAGCCUUGCAAACUAUUUAUUUUGCAUUCUAGAGGUCAUACAUUGUCGUUCUAACCAGAGAAGUCAGGCGUCCAAGUUGCUCUAUGACAGAGAGAAUGUGGAAGAUGUUAGCAUUUAUUCCUUUACCCUAGUGUAUUAAAAUGUUAUAUACUAGGAGAGCUGAGGAUGAACUUCUGGUAGUAGUGCAUUUGAUGGAUGCAGGAAUGGGUUUCUGGCAGCCAUGUGAUAGGAAUAGAACAGUGUAAAAAGAAAGGUUAGAAUCAACAUAUGAUUCUUUUAGUGUUAGUAGUCCAAGCCCAGCAUUUGGGUGUAUUAGGUUAUAGUCUCUGGUGGCUCGUGUUGGUGUCCUGCAUUGUAUUUACAACACGGUUUUAAGUUUUGUGCAUAUUAGUAGUAGAAGGUGUGGUUUCUCAUUGAAAUCUCAACUCUUUUGUUCAUGUGGACAGAACACGAAACGUCCCAACUCAAACAAUGAGGGAAGGAAGCUUCAGUUUUAUUUUAUUUGGAAAGACAAGGAAAAAUUUCCUAUGCUGUGUGUUUUCUCUCUCUAUCUAUUAACAUUUUUUCUGAUUAUGUCA